AUACGCCGGUAUUGGUGGAAGGUCAACAUACGUUGUUGAAGCUAAGGAACAAACUUCAAUAGCAGAGCUACGUGUAUGAAAAGUAGGUUAGACCUCGUCGGGAUGGAAGUUGAGAAGGUAUGACAUUUCUUUCGCCUCCAAAAAUUUCAUUUGUUUGUUUUUGUCUUUUUCAAAACUAUCUGUUAUGUUUUUCUGUCAUAGGCUAUUUAAAUAUGAAUGAAAGGCACUAACAAUUGCCCUUUAUGCACUAUAGUUUUGACUGUUUCUUACUAGGACUAAAUAUAUAAGCUUUGAAGGACUACCUGAAUUUUGGAGUAAUUUCAAACUUUUAGCGAUUAGCUAACAAUUUUUUUGCUCGCAUUCUCCUACCAUUCCGUAAGGGCUUAAGAAGCUUAUCAGAAGAAGUAUACGCGCUCGGUAUUUCACUUAUAGCAUUACAAGCAAAUAUUUUGGUAAGUGUUGACACCAUGAACGAUGAGACCCAACGAAAUUAUGGGUAGUGGUCGUACAAAUUUACUUUUCUGAAGGUUUACUUUCAUGUUUUAUUUUCCAAUAAAGAUUGGAAACCUUCCUUAAUCUACCACAUGCAGCAUGUUGAGGCUUCUAUGUGAAGAAUUAUACCCAUAACGCCGUGAAGUGCCAUCACUCAUCGUUUAUGCUUUUUUUUUAUGUGGGUGUCAACGCUCCGCAUGAUGCAAGCGUGAUAUACAAGACGCUUUGCAUGAUGCAAGCGUGAUAAGCAAGAACAAACUUUUGUGAGCGCAUAUGAUCAGUAUGGAGCUAGGCAAACUAAUGAAUUACAAUUAAGCUGACGUAAACGUUAUGUAUUUAGAGAAGUCGCUUUGUUAAUUUAAUAAAGGUCUCACCAAUGCUCUCAUAAUAUAUGGAUUCCUUUUCUAUCUUAUUUUAGAAUUCAUUGCAAGAGAAGAUUGUGUCUCUAAAUGACCUUCCGUGGAAGAUUUUUAAUGACGCAGCUCUUUCUGUGAAAGAGCUUGCCAAGAAAAUCUUUGCACUUCCAGCAGUGAGUGAUUUCUUUAUAUACACAUCUCGCCUGGAUGUGUUCUCCAAAGAGUUGUCAGAUUCUUUGAGCUGUGACUUGGAAUCGCUCCUGCUGAUUAGGAAACUUAAGUAUUUCUACAAUCAACCAACAGCAGCAGUGCUGCAACAACUUGCCAGUCUAUUAGAAAGGUAUGGGUUGAAAGCUUGUAAAUAGUAUAACUGUUACGUUUAAAAUUCCUUGGUGCACUCUUGUCAGUGUCUCUCUCAUUUAAUGCAUAUGGUGUUUGUCAAGAGUCGUCACAGAUCAUUUUCGUCACAUACCUCAGACAAGAGGAAAGAAAAAUAGGGGCAAGAACAAAAUACCGCGUGGUGUCUUCUAGUUUAAUACUCUACAUACUCGCUCGAUGCAUUUACAAGAAGCAUCUCCGAUCGAUCCCGGAAGUGUCAACAAAAUCCCCGAUACGUUUUUAAACCCUCUCAUUUUACAAGUUUAUCUACCUUUAAAUUGUCUCAUAUCAACGAGCCAUUCUUCUUUCAAUUUCUAUCUUAGAAUUUCAAGCAAUAAAGAAGCCAUUUCCAAGUGGAAUGAAAUCGCCAAGAUGGUAGUAGAUGAAAACAACAUUGGUACCAAGCCUGUUCACCGCUUCCUCAAGGAAACUGGGUGCCCAGAAUGUUAUCUUGACAAUGCUGAGUACCUCGAAAAGUUUGACCCUCACGGACUUUACCCAACAUCCAUUUACCGCAAAUGUGAUGGAGACAUCUUGGCCAAAGCUGAUGCAUCGGUAGUCGAGUGUACCAUGAGGCAUACUCUGACCACAACUGCAAAGAUUGUGUACAAAGUACUAGACCCAGCCAAUCCAGAGUUGAAAAACGUGUAUAAGCCAUUAGGGAGGUUCGUAUGAUGUGAUAAUCUAAGUUUAAGGGGUUUCCACGCUCUAUUUAUAUGAAAAUAUUCGGUGCUUUUACUGAUAAAUGACCGACAGUUCAAAAUUCACUUUAAUGCAUGUAUAUUCUUGCAUAAAAAUGUGUAUUUAUUAGAUGAUCUAUAAUUUUGAUUCGUUGUGAAGCACUAUUUCAAUGAAGAGGUAGUUUCCCGAAAUUGAAUUUCCAACAGCAGCUUAGUAUUAAACGUAAAACAUGAGAUUAGAAAAUAUUUUUAGAUUAACAUUUCUUACUCAUUUCUGUUUUCCAUCCCCAGGUGUGUGGCAGUUGUUGAUAGGAAUGUGAAUAAAAUUUACGGAGAAGAAAUACAGGCGUAUUUCGAUGAGCACUGCAUCGAGCUGCAGAAGGUAGUCAUUACCGCUGGCGAAGUUGACAAAGACAUAGCAACAGUACAGAACCUCCUUGUAAUGCUGAAAAAAUUGCGAGUCAAACGAAACGAACCUGUUUUUGUCGUGGGAAAUGGCGUCAUACAUGACGUCACCGGUUGCGCAUGCUCUAUGUAUCAUCGUAACACACCUUACAUCAUGCUGUCUACCAGCGUGGUGGCUGGCAUCGACGCUGGUCUGUCUCCUCGCACUGGUUGUGACGGAUUUGGCUUCAAAACCUGUUCGGUGCAUAUCAUCCUCCUGUUCUGA